AUGCAGAAGAGGAUGGGUGAGGCGGUAGCCCGGGUAGCCAGGAAGGUGAAUGACACGGUGGAGAACAAAACGGAUUCCCUGGAUCUGGCCAACUGCAAACUGAUGACCUUCCCCAUUGGCAUCUACAAGGCAAUGAGAAGUGUCACUGAGGGGAUCCACUGCAUCUCCCUGGCAAACAACGAGCUGAAGUCCAUCACCAACCGAUUUGUCACCACCUUCAACCAGCUGAGAGAGCUCAACCUGGCAGGCAACUACCUGCACCGCCUGCCUGAGGAGAUCACCUCCCUGCUGCACCUCCGGGCCAUCAACCUCUCCCGCAACAGGUUUCGGCAUUUCCCUGAGUCCCUGGCUGGUGUCACUGCCCUGGAGACCAUCGACCUGGAAGAGAACGAGAUAAGAGAGGUGCCAACGGAGAAGCUGGCCUCCAUGGCAUCGCUGCGGAGCCUCAAUCUGCGGGCAAACCCCGUCAGUCCUGAGGUGCGGCUGCUGGUCCGGCCCCUUGUCCCCUUCGACCUGCUGCUGUCACCAGAGGAGCCCAUCCCCAAAGCCUGA